GAGAAUAUUUCAAAAAGUCCCCCAACAUAUGAUUCGACAAUCGAUAACAAGCUGUUAUCGAUAGCGCAGCGCGGCCUCUGGAAGUUGCGUACAAAUUAGUCAUUUUUAAAAUAACAUUAUGGCCCACACGCGCGAGAUUCUGUCUCUCCAGCUCGGCACCUACGCCAACUAUGUGGGCGCCCACUUCUGGAACCAGCAGGAGGCAAACUUUUGCUACGGCGACGGCGACGGAGACGACCAGGUGGCCGAGGAGCAUCUGCUACACAAUGACAUCCUCUACCGGGAGGGCUUGAACAGCCACAAUCGCACCACCUACACCCCGCGGUUGGUGUCUGUGGAUCUGGCCGGGACUCUGGCGCAUCUGCCGCUCGGCGGCGAGCUUUACGGCAACUUUGUGCAGCGGGAUGAGGAGCUGCUGCCGUUUGGAACGGGCGAAGAUCUGAACAAAACGCGACAGCGGGUGGAGGAGAGCGGAGUGGCCCCCACGAGCCAACUGGAGCUGCAAGAGGAGCCGCCCACGCAACUGUCCGAGUACCAGCGGGAUCUCAUGAAGAAUUCGGUGGUCCCGGAUAAGGAUUACCAGCUGGCGGAGACUGUGCGUAGUUGGCCGGACUUCCUGUAUGCAAGGUACCAUCCGCGCAGCCUGAAUGUAUUGCCGGGACUGGCCAGGAGUCCGGUUCAUCAGACCAUAAGCACAUAUUCCGCUGGAGCGGCCUUGUGGGAGGAAGCCUCCUUCAACGAGGAGCUCACAGACCGCAUACGCCUGUAUAUCGAGGAGUGUGACGGCUUGCAGGGAUUCCAUUUGCUAUUCGAUAUUGACGAUGGCUUUGGAGGGUUGGCGGGCAAGUGUCUGGAGCACCUGAACGAUGAAUACGGCAGGGCGAGCUUCGUUGUGCCCCUCCACUAUCCCAGAGCCACCUCCUACCCACAAGCAGAUUCCCGUCUGUCGCACUCCAUCCGCGUGGCGAACACCAUCCUGAGCUACCACAAUCUCAGCGAGCAGGCCACCAUGUUCACGCCGCUCUCCACGCUGGAAACAAUUUGGCGCAACACGAACCUCAAGUCCAGGACCCUCUCCGGUCUCCAGUGGCAGCCGGAUAAUCUGUACCAGACGUCGGGCUUGCUGGCCGCCUUCCUGGACACGGCCACUUUGGGCUACCGGCUGCGGAAUACUCCAGAAUCUCUGAUGCGUUUCUGCGACCGGGUCACGCCCUCGGGCAGGAAGAUGACAGCCGCCGGACUGGCCCUGCCUCUGGGAGUGGGCGAGGGUCAAGACCUAAUCGAGUUCCUGGACCAAAGCGGCGACCAUGCCCUGCUCACCCAACUGAGCCCAGGCUGUGAGCCAGGCACCUCGUACGUAGUCCAGUCCGUGACGGCGCGAGGUAUUCCUUUGGAGCGUCUGAAGCGGCCCAGGGAGAAGGCCGGCGACCAGAUGCGCAUGGCCGCCUACGGAUGCGACAGUGUCUCCCAGAUGCUGCAGCUCUACUACCAGUGCAGCUACCACGGCAGCGUCACCAAUGCAGCCUCCACACCACUGCCCCUGAAGUCGCAACUGCCCUUCCCGUAUGAGAUAUUCGGAGCCGGCAUGAACUCCAGUGGCUUCCGGCUGCCUGGCGAGGCGGAACGAGAGCCUGGCCUGCGGGUGGACUCUGUCCCGGCCCUGGCUGCUAUCCAGAACUCCACGCAGCUGGGCGAGCACCUGGACAAUCUGCACGCCCAGACGCAUCGCAUUCAGCUGGCCAAGCUGCUGGCCUACAACAAUUGCAGCCUGGAGCGGGAUGAGUACGAGACGGCACUGGAUCAGCUGCUAGAGUUCCGGGAUCUCUAUGCAGACUCACAGUAUCUGUAGGGUAGGGAUGGGGGUGUCCUGCUCUGUAAAGUAUUGUUGGUUUAUUGAGGAAGUAGUUUAAUUUAAAAGCGUGCUUCUGUUUGCAUUUAAAAAUGUAUAUUUAUGGAUAGAAAAUAUAGCACUUACUGCUCUGAUUUUCACGCCUUACA